AUGAACUCCGGCAACUCCAAAAAAAGGCCGCCGCCUCCGACGCCAAAGCCCCAGCCACAGAAACAUCAUGCGGCAAUGGAAAGCGAAGACAUGGACGAGGACAUAUUCCUCGAAGAAACAAUGCUCCAAUACGAAGAAGAGGCCUUCCGUGAAGCGGAGGAGCGCCAAGCUGUCGCUUCGCGGUUGCAGAAGUGGAAGCGUCCUCCUCUCUCUCAAGUCUACCUCUCAGAGUCCCAAAGCAUCGUAUUUCAACAGCUGGAGAUAGACUAUAUUAUUGGAGACACUCACAAGGAAUUACUGCCCAAUUCCUCUGGUCCUGCUGCCAUUCUGAGGAUUUUUGGCGUCACGAGAGAAGGACACAGUGUUUGUUGUCAUGUACAUGGUUUCGAACCUUAUUUCUACGUUUGUUGCCCUCUGGGAAUGGGCCCAGAUGACAUUUCCCGUUUCCAUCAAACUCUCGAGGGUAGGAUGAGGGACUCAACGAGGAACAGUAAAGUUCCAAAAUUUGUUAAAAGGAUAGAAUUGGUUCAGAAAAAAAGCAUUAUGUAUUACCAGCAGCAGAGUUCUCAGCCUUUCCUUAAAAUUGUAGUGGCAUUGCCAACAAUGGUUGCCAGCUGUCGUGGCAUCUUGGACAGAGGCAUACAAAUUGAUGGGCUCGGUGUUAAAAGCUUUAUGACGUAUGAGAGUAACGUUUUAUUUGCUCUCCGGUUUAUGAUUGAUUGUGAUAUUGUUGGAGGCAACUGGAUUGAAAUCCCGGUUGGAAAAUAUAAAACGACAUCAAGAAAUCUGUCCCACUGCCAACUAGAGUUUGAUUGUCUCUACUCAGACUUGGUCAGCCAUGCCCCUGAAGGAGAAUUUUCAAAGAUGGCUCCAUUUCGGAUUUUAAGUUUUGACAUUGAGUGUGCAGGUCGUAAAGGUCAUUUUCCUGAGCCUACCCAUGAUCCUGUCAUUCAGGUAGCCAACCUUGUAACAUUACAGGGAGAGGAUCAGCCCUUUGUUCGUAACGUGAUGACCCUUAAAUCAUGUGCACCAAUAGCUGGGGUUGAUGUGAUGUCAUUGGACACUGAGAAAGAGGUCCUUUUAGCUUGGAGGGACUUCAUUCGUGAGGUGGACCCUGACAUUAUAAUCGGGUAUAACAUCUGCAAAUUUGAUCUACCCUAUCUCAUUCAGAGAGCUGAAGUCCUAGGACUGCCAGAGUUUCCAAUACUUGGAAGGAUUAGAAACAGCAGAGUUCGUGUAAGAGACACUACAUUUUCUUCAAGACAAUAUGGAACCAGAGAAAGUAAAGAGGUUACGGUGGAAGGGAGAGUUCAAUUUGACUUACUUCAGGUUAUGCAGAGGGAUUAUAAACUGAGUUCAUAUUCGUUAAACUCUGUUUCAUCUCAUUUCCUUAAUGAGCAAAAAGAGGAUGUUCAUCACUCAAUCAUAUCUGACCUCCAGAAUGGUAACUCAGAAACUAGAAGACGUCUUGCUGUCUAUUGUUUGAAGGAUGCUUAUCUCCCUCAGAGGCUAUUGGACAAGUUAAUGUUCAUCUAUAAUUACGUGGAGAUGGCUCGAGUGACCGGUGUCCCUUUCUCAUUUCUUCUGUCCAGAGGACAGAGUAUUAAAGUACUGUCUCAACUUCUCAGGAAGGCAAAACAGAAAAACCUUGUUAUUCCAAAUGUGAAACAAGCUGGUUCUGAACAGGGAACAUUUGAGGGUGCAACUGUUCUGGAAGCCAAAGCAGGAUUCUACGAGAAGCCCAUAGCUACGCUUGAUUUUGCAUCUCUGUAUCCCUCAAUCAUGAUGGCCUACAAUUUAUGUUACUGCACAUUGGUAACUCCUGAAGAUAUGCGUAAGCUUAAUCUUCCUGCAGAAUUGGUCAAUAAAACUCCAUCUGGUGAAACAUUUGUGAGAUCAGAUUUACAAAAGGGUAUACUUCCCGAAAUCCUGGAAGAAUUAUUAGCAGCUCGGAAAAGGGCAAAGGCAGACUUGAAGGAAGCAAAGGAUCCUCUUGUAAAAGCUGUUUUAGAUGGUCGUCAGCUGGCUUUGAAGAUAAGUGCAAAUUCAGUAUAUGGGUUUACAGGAGCUACAGUGGGUCAGUUGCCAUGUUUAGAAAUUUCAUCAAGUGUUACGAGUUAUGGACGACAGAUGAUUGAACACACAAAGAAGAUGGUGGAGGAUAAGUUCACCGUACUUAAGGGCUAUGAACACAAUGCUGAAGUAAUAUAUGGAGAUACAGAUUCUGUAAUGGUGCAAUUUGGUGUUCCGACUGUGGAAGAAGCUAUGAAACUUGGCAGAGAAGCUGCAGACUUUAUAAGUGGGACUUUCAUUAAACCCAUAAAGCUGGAGUUUGAGAAGGUUUAUUUCCCAUACCUACUGAUCAGCAAGAAGAGAUACGCUGGCCUUUUCUGGACGAAUCCCAACAAAUUCGAUAAGAUGGAUGCUAAAGGAAUUGAAACGGUGCGAAGAGAUAAUUGUCUGUUGGUCAAAAACCUAGUUACCGAUUGUCUUCACAAAAUACUAAUCGAUAGGGACAUUGAUGGUGCAGUACAAUAUGUCAAGAAUACAAUUUCUGAUCUUCUUAUGAACCGCAUGGAUUUGUCUCUUCUGGUUAUCACUAAGGGUCUCACCAAAACUGGAGAUGACUAUGAAGUGAAGGCAGCGCAUGUAGAACUUGCCGAACGGAUGCGUAAGAGAGAUGCGGCUACCGCACCAAAUGUUGGUGAUCGGGUACCAUAUGUCAUUGUUGUUGCUGCAAAGGGUGCCAAGGCUUAUGAAAAGUCUGAAGACCCUAUAUAUGUACUAGAGCACAAUAUUCCCAUAGACACUCAGUACUAUCUUGAGAAUCAAAUAAAAAAGCCUUUACUUAGGUUAUUUGAUCCAAUACUGAAAAAUGCUAAUAAGGAGCUGUUUCAAGGAAGUCAUACACGGGCAAUUUCCAUCUCUACUCCAUUAAAUAGUGCUAUGGCGAAAUUUACAAAGAAGCAACUAACCUGCAUUGGGUGCAAAACUUUGAUCAGUAACUCGGAUCAUACACUUUGCUCCCACUGCAAGGGAAGAGAAGCUGAACUGUAUUGCAAAUCAGUCGCUAAUGUCGUGAUUGUCCAAUUUUUUACCGGAGGAAAAAAGCCCAGAAAGAUAUGGCUGAAGCAAAGCGUCAACUUGAAAGGUGGAACUUUUAGUAACAAGCAGGGCUCACAUGUGCCUGGUACUCGCACUGCUCUGCAGUAG